AUGUCCUUCAUAUCUCCUCGUACUAUUAGUCAUGCAUCCAUCUCCACCUUGGACCAUCAGUGGGAGCCUCAACAUGUACUUGAUCUUCAAGGUGACGGUCGGUGCGUCGGCCUUGCUCCGUCCAAGGGCCGCAAGUGUCAUAACCCCAUCAGCACAACCAAUUUGAACAUUUUCGACAACAUCAUUACCGAGCUCUCCCGCCGACCGCUUGACAUCACCCUCCUGCGUCCUCACCUUGAGCGUCUGGCUCGUUGUGGACUUUGUCUUAAGAAUCACCAAGGCCAAGCGGAUGACAUGGUGAAGAAAUGGUCGCAAGCGAUCGAGGACGCAGUCCGCCGCCUUACAUCGUCAGCGCGACGGACUACUACAGACACACAAAGCAGUACGGGUACACCAAGCACUACUGCGAUUGGUCGACCUGACCGCACAUCAGGCACACGCAGUGGAAAUCCAUUGCCUCCGAUUUCGUCUCCCCCCAGUCCUUCGCUUUCUGCACUGCAGUCUGAAGCGGAAACCCUGGAGAGAAGCAUUUUGACCAUGCAAGAAACGAUCACCACCGCCAUGCGCCGCCUUCAGAGACUGCAAUCUCUGCUACCAGCUGUAGACAUAGCUCCCUUGCAUGCGCGCGUGCCCACAGCAGAGAUAUCUUCCCUCCACUUGUCGAGAGCACCAAGCACAACAUCCGCCGCCCCAGUCGGUACAUUUGAUCAUAGGAGGAACUCCACUGAUCCCUCGCGCCCCUCAUCCCAGGGUAGAUCAAUGCCGACAUCCCUCUCCUCGGCACCCUAUGCGUCUCCCCCCUCCGACUCCGACUCCGGAGUGGCCUUUGACUGGGACUCAGACUCGGACUCGGACGACGCCUUCCGCCCUCUACCCCCUCUGAUGUUCGGUCCCAUCCGCCGUCACAUCUCACUUGGAGCGCCCGUCUUGCCAGCUUUGGCCCAGACAGCAACAGCCGCGACCCGUUCAUCUCCAGCUCCAGUUCUAGCUCCGGUCCCCCGAUAUAAUACCGCGCACGCACGUCGUCUGUCUCUUUCAGAGGAAUGCCCAAUCUGCUACUCCGGCGGACCUCUCUCCGCCUACGCUGCUUCGGAGCUGAUCUGGUGCACAUCAUCCUGCGGCCGCACCAUUCACAAAUCCUGUUUCAACGAUUGGCGCGCGCAGUGCUCCGCAACAAACUGGAAACCGGACUGCCCAGUGUGCAGGGCUGACUGGGACGACUCCUGCGCUUGUGGAGGCCUCUCGAAUUGCACGUCAGUCCAUGUACAUCGCCAAGCUACAUCGUCACCCUGCCCGAUCUGCAAGGAGGACAUGGAGGAGGGGGAAAUGCUUCAGUGGUGCAAGGACAGCUGUGGACAGAAUGUGCAUAAAGAGUGUGCUGAUGCUUGGGCGGCGCAGUGUGUGGGGAGUGGAAGGCAGGCAACCUGUACCAUGUGUCGUGCUCCAUGGGUCGAGGAGUGUAACUGUUGA